AUGGUGGCCACAGGAACAACCGUGAAGGACGUGUCGCCGCAUGCCUUCGUCAAGGCGUAUGCGGCUCACUUGAAGCGCACAGGCAAGGUGGAGGUUCCCACAUGGGCUGACAUCGUCAAGACAGGAACCUACAAGGAACUUGCGCCCUAUGAUCCCGAUUGGUACUACAUCCGCGCUGCCUCCAUGGCUCGCAAGGUGUACCUGAAGCCUGGCGUUGGAGUCGGUGCCUUCAAGAAGAUCUACGGCGGGCCGAAGAACAACGGGUCGCGGCCGUCGCACUUCUGCAGGAGCAGCGGGUCCGUGGCCCGGCACGUGCUGCAGCAGCUCGAGUCCAUCGGCAUCGUCGAGCAGGACGCCAACGGUGGCCGCCGCAUCACCUCUGAUGGGCAGCGUGAUCUUGACCGUAUUGCUGGACGGGCUGCUGCUGCCGCUGUGGAAGCAUCCGACAAGAUGCAGGGCGCCGAGGUUUCGAAGCAGGUGCAGCAGAUGGUGGAGUUUAUCCGUCAAGAGGCCGAGGAGAAGGCUAAUGAAAUCGCUGUUGCUGCUGAAGAGGAGUUCAACAUUGAAAAGCUGCAGCUCGUAGAGGCGGAGAAGAGAAAGAUCCGUCAAGAAUAUGAGCGCAAGGAGAAGCAGGUCGAGAUCGCGAAGAAAAUCGAUUAUUCCAAGCAGCUGAAUGCCUCGCGACUGAAAGUGCUGCAAGCUCAGGACUCCAUUGUCAAAGAGAUGAAGGCUGCAGCAGAGAAAGAGCUCCUGAAGGUCUCUAGUGACACGAAGAAAUACACUGAACUGUUGAAGGAUGUGAUUGCUCAGGGACUUGUGCGCCUGAACGAGUCCGCCGUACAGCUUAGAUGCCGUGAAGCUGAUGUUUCUGCUGUGAAAGCUGCUCUGCCCGGCGCUAUCCAGGAGUAUGUAACAGUUACCAAGCAAACAGCGCCAACAGUGGAUGUGGAUACUGUCAAGUUUCUUCCUGCUGCACCCCACUGUGCUGGAGGCGUUGUGAUGGCUUCUAAGGAUGGCCGGGUGGUCUGCUCCAACACACUCGAUGCUCGUCUUGAGAUUGCGUUCAAGCAAAACCUUCCUGCCAUCCGUGCAUCCAUGUUCAAGACAAGUGUGGUCUCCUAA